UAGAGACUACAUUGAACAGAUAGGCUAAUAUGCCGUGUAACCCAGAAUUGGCUGGAUGUUAGUCUGCCUCGCCUUUGCGGUGCAGUAAAGCGGUCGAAGGACCUGCUUGUGUUUCUCCACCCACAAUGUUUCACCCCCGGCGGACGGACUCCACCACUGCCAUGUUUGAGACCUGGUCGUGGAUGGAAAGUCGUUCCGCACUUGCUAGCAUUUGGGGGUUUUAACCGAAACGAUGGACUGAAUUUUAGAUGAGGAUUUCUGAUUUUUCUAAUCAAACGUUAGGCGGGACGGAGAUUGCACCAUGUCAGCUAACGCACAAGAUUUUGACUUUGAAUACGACAAACCUGGUGCAGAGCGUUCGCGCAGAAGAAGAGGCGAAGAUGAUACUAUAGAAAGCGAUUUGGAAGAAGAACUGUUGGAAGAGGAUUGGUUAUCUAGUAAAAAGAAUCCCUCAGAAAUCUCAGAUGAAGAGCUGAAUGAUGACCUUCUUCAAAGUGAUGAUGAGGAUGCAAACAUAGAUGAAAGGGACGUCAGUGCCACAUACGACAUAGGUGCAUCAUAUGAUGAACACGGCAACCUUCAAGAUGUAAACUACACAGAUGAUGUUAUGAACCUGGGUGUAGAAGGCUGUGAAGAAGGGGAUGAGGAGGGGUACCAGCAGGAGGAAGGAGAGGCAUAUGCUGAAGAAUACAGCCAGGAAGAAAACCCGGAGAUCUCUGAGGACCAGACUGAUUACACGAGAGACCUAUGUGACGAUGACAAUGGGUUCCAAGAUGAAGUGCUGGACAUCCAAAUCAAUGAGCCUAUAGAUGGUGAAUUUCAAGACGACGAAUACCAAACUUCCUAUGAGGAGCAGCCUCUUCAUAUGGAUGGCACGGCUCAGGAAGGCGAUGCUGAGAACGUUGGUGAAGAACUGCAAGAACAAGAUGUCACUGACAUGGACAGAAGUGGAGUCUAUGACACAGAGGAGAGGGAAAAUGAAGCUAUGCUCCAAGACGAAUCAAAGGAGGAAUCAAACGAGGAAGAGGAAGAAGAUGAAGAGUCUGGACGACUGCGGUUCAAAUCUGAGAGGAAGGACGGUGCUAUCGAGCGGUUGGCAGAUGCAAGCAAUAAAAGACGGAACAUUCCUGAUAAACUAGAGCUAUCAGAGAAAGCCAAGAAAGACUUGAUGGCGUUCGAAGAGCAAGAGCGUCAGAAGAGACAAAACCGGUACGGAGGCCGAGGUGGAGGACGAGGAGGAGGAGGAGGAGGAAGAGGAGGAGGAGGCAGAGGCCGAGGAGGCUUCUCUGGUUUUGGAUCGCCAGAUUUUAGAGGAGGAAAAAGAGGAAGAAUGCAUGAGCAAAUGCCUCCCCUGAUGGGAAACAUGAACAUACAGCAGCCGUCUUCCCGAAUGGCUCCCCCCCAUCAGCACCAACUUCCGUCCCAUCAGCACCACCCGUCACGUCCGAGAGGGCCGCACCCCUUCCAGGAUCACGGGCGUCCCCUUCCCCAGCAGUCUCUUCAGCCCCUCAUGCCCCCCCACAUGGCGCACCGCUCCCCGCCACUGCGGCCACAAAUGGAGACGUCCCCGAGAAUGAUGAGCUCGCCGCCUCCCAACUUCCCCCAGCAUCACCAGCAGCAGCAGCCUCCGCAUCCUAAAAACAUCCACAUCAACCCUCACUUCAGAGGACCAUCGCAGUCGUCUGUGCAAGUGCCCUUGAUGCCUCCUGCUCAGAGCCAGCCCAGACCUGCUGUGGGUCCUCAGAGGUUCCCUGGACCAGGAGACUUUCAGCAGCACUUGCCAGGUAAUUUUGGUCAGCCCCAGCGGCCCCCUCAUCACAUGGAGCCCUUGAGAAACCAGCCACAUCAAGGCCCCCAGGACAGAGAGCCCAUGUUUAUGGGAGAGCGUGUGGACUCAGCACGGUUUCCAGGGCAACACAUGUUUGAUCACCAGGGUCCCGGCCCUCUCCUGAACAGCGGCAACAGCCUCCACCACCAGCAGCUGCCAGGCCAGGGCCAUAUGGGCUUUGGCCCGCCAAGACCAUCCUUCAACCAGCCGGGCCAAAACCCGCUAGGACUCUUUCAGAGAGAACCCUCUCGACCCAACCUCCCUCCCCACCAAGGUCACCAGGGAAUGCUGAACUUCAAUCAGCAGGGCGCCCCCCCGAACCAGCCUCGCUCUUUCGCAGGCCCUCGUCACGCAUUUGGCCAGCAGGGAAACAUUUUUCCCCAUCCACAAGUUCAGUUUGGGAUGCAGGUACGAAUAAGAGGUUUAAUUCCUGGCCCUCCUGUCUCCUCGCUUCCACAUCACGACCCUCUGUCAUCCCAUCCCAUGCACCCGCAGCACCACAGGCAAGAGCUACCGCCUCAUCAGCAGCCACAGGUACAUCUCGGAGAACCCCUACCCAUGAUGCAUCAUGGCCAGAAUCCUUUCCAUCAGCAGCAUGCCCACGGCAGCCCCAGACAGAUGCCUGGCCGCCCCCCGAACGCCCAAGCACGCGGCAUGCCUAACAGGCAUAGAAUGAAUGCACCUGCAUCCAAACAAAUGCAGCAGCGCAACAGCAACCUGCGAGAGCUCCCCGUAGCGACAAACACCACAAACAUGAGUGGCUCCCGCCCCGCACAAGUCCCCGCCUCCUCCGCUACUAACAUCAAGACCGUUGCUAGGACAACGCAGAGGAGUUAUCCCGGGCAGACGCCUCAGCCCAUGUCUGGCGUCAGCAGAGGAAGAGGCCAGGCUGUUACAAGGACUGAACAGCAGCCUGCAGGAGCAGGCAAGCCGGAUGUUCCCAUGGAAGUCCAAAGCACACCUUUAAGCACAGCACAGCAGGAUCCCAAUGAGGACGAGGAGACUCGGCAAUAUCGUCUUAAGAUCGAGGAGCAGAAGCGUCUAAGAGAGGAGAUUUUAAGAAGGAAGGAAAUGAGAAGACAGAUGCAGGCUGGUGUCAGAAAGAAGGAACUAUUGGAAAGGCUUAACUCAAAGACAAACACUCAGAGCCAAGGCAAUGCUCCGACACAAACUCAGCCAAACCAGCAAACGCAAAACCCUGCACAACAGCAGCAGCAACCGCCGCCGCCGCAGCUACAGACGGAACAAAAACGACCGCUGCUGUCCCAGCAGCAGAGACCUCAACAAAUGCAACAGGCCUCAAACCAAACACCGAAAACUCUCAAUCAAGACAACAGCGUCCCUCCCAGCAGUGCCGCUCAGACUCCAACCUCCCGACUGAACGUGAAAGAGCGCCUGCAGCUGGGGACGACGAAUACUGGUCCUGAACAGCAGUGGAAGCAGCACCAGCAGAAUCAGCAACAGCCACCAAAUCCGCCACGAAAGAACAGCAUCCUGCAGGGUGUUAACAGACCCAACGCUGAGCCGCCGGCUGUGCAAGCGCCACAAAACAUCCCUGUGACUCUAUCGCUGAACCAAGGCCCGGCCCAGACCCAAGGACCCAAACCCGGAGCUAAAAGGACUGUGAUGCAGCGAGCCAGAGCCACUAGUACAGAAGGCCAGCAAGUGCCACAAAAAGUUAGAGUCGUCAAACUUUCAGGACCGAGUGGAAAGGGGCUUGAGGCUAACAGCGGCCCGGUGCAGCAGCAGGGUGACUGGGAAGGACCUCCACUCAACCAGGGUGUCCAAAGGAAGGUUACCAUAGCGGCGCAACAGGGAUCAGGCGGAGCCCCGCAGGCUAGCCGUGUGGGCAUAAGCAACCAACAGCAAAGCAGGGUCGUUGUAUCUGGUCGAGGUCGGGGGAGAGGAAGUGGAAACGUGGGUCGAGGCCGUCCGGUGUCUGCCAGGCAGACCCCAAAAGAAACGGAGAAUACCCAGCGUACGGUGUCCAUCGAGGGUCUCUCGACAUCCACAAGUGAAUAUCAGCUGAAGAACCUCCUCGGAUCCAUCGGCCCCAUUGAGAUGUUCAAGUUGAUUCCUCAGCAAAGAAAAGCAGUUGCCAGGUUUGCAAAUCCUCAGCAUGCACUGAACUUCCAAAUGAGCUUCCACAGGCACAUGAUUGACCUGUCCCACAUUGACGUGUCACUCAUCGAUGGAUGAGGAGCACAACCGAGUGGGCCGUCUCCUACAAGAAGCUCCCCCUCUCCUAACGUCUGGCGCCGAAUGACUUUGUCACUUCUAUGGAACACCUCUCCAUCAUUGAUCAACCCCUCUUUCCCUCCCUUCUUGGACUAGUGAACAUAAGAAAAUGACUGAUAAGCAUGUACAUAUAUAAUCUUUGCCUGCGAAGGGACUGUAGUUGUAAAUGCACCAACUAGAGACACUGAACAGUGACGCCUGCUUUGAUGGAGUUUGUCUUUUUCGUUUUACCUGGACACUUAAGUAUCAUGUAAUAAUGACAUAAUGGUUGCUCCCCUCUGCUGUAAGGUCAUGAACGUAGAAGGACACGACGACAUCUUUCAGAACAUUUUUCUAGUUUGAGAUUUACGUUGGAUUCCUAAAGUAGGGAGAGAAUUUGGCCUUUUCUGUUGCAGUGUUUCUCCUGUCCUGUAGAUGGCAGCGUUUCCUCACAGCUGGUGGAAGAAAGCUGCUUUUAGGAGCGAUCAGUUAACACUACCUAGUGGCGAUUCUGCAUAUGAUGGUUCAACCCUUCAGAUAAAGGAUGCUUCAGGUGUUUUUGUCUGAACAUGCACUGAUUUGGUGUUUAAGGAUCGAAGAUUUAGAACAAAUAUUUUUUGCUUUUUCUUCUGGAUGUUAAGUCUUUUAACUGUGAAGUAAGAUCGUUUUUUUUUUUUUUAUUAAGUUGUACUUUAGAGUAAGUGAGGAGCUUUACAUUUGAUGUAUGUAGUGUGUAAUUAUAGAUUUUUUUAUACGUGUAUAUAAUUUUUUGGGAAAAAAACAUUUUUGGUGCAAAAAUUAGUUAAAAACAUACUUGUUCUUAAAAAUGGAUGCACAUUUUAUGAUAAAACCAGUUAGUUUGAAUGAAUGUCUCACAACAUUUGCUUAUCUGGGUAGUAAAUAUAUAAAAAAAUGUACCAGUCUCACAGAUAAAGCAUGUCUUUACCUUCAAAUGGGAACAAUUCUACAAUAUUGAACAUUUACGCCACCUCAUUCACACUUAAAAAUUAGCAUAAAAGCAUUAUUUAAGUUUAUUCAAUUAGGUUUACAUUUACCAAACAUUUCCAGUUAAUUUCUUAAUGAAUAAUGGCCAUUUUUUUUCAAUUAAAGCGUUACUAAAAUGACUUUUGUAUUGAAAAAAGUGGAGGGGGCAACCAUUAUUUACACAAAUCUGUCAUGUACAUGAGUAGAUAUUUUUUCCCUCUGUUACUGUUGUAUCAAGCUAUUUUAUAUUUCAAUACAUGCUGUUGUGUCCAGAUGGACAGUUUUGUCUCUAUUUUAGAGUAAAAUCUACCAAAAAAAAAAAAAUGAAAGAAAUCUGGACCACUUUCUGUUCACAAAACCUUUGGAAAAAUUAUAGGUUAAAAAAAAAAAAGUGACCAAAAAAAAUAAAAACACGGCCAAUAUACUGUGAAUAUGCAGGUAUGUGAAGCCGGUUAACUUUAGUCCAAAGACGUGUGCUUGUGUGUCCGUGUGUCCACUGCCUUCACGCCGGUGCACCUUCAUUUUGUUUCUGCUGAUGAAGUUCUUGUACUUGAUGGAAUCUGUUGGGAUCUUCACCUCACACACAAAAAAACCCUUCCCUAUCACAAAAAUCCACUCAGGUUUUCAACUGUUUUUAAAAAAAUGUGUGGGGGAAAAGAAGCUGCUGCCUUACAUUUGAUAUGGAAUGCCACUGAAUUUAUUUAAGGUCACAAAUAUUUGACGUUUUGAUUUAUCUGUGAUGAUAUUCUUCCUCAUUCCACGAGGAAGACGAACUGUAAGGGCACAAAUGAAGUGGGGAUGGGUUGAUAUCACUUUUUCCGGCCGAUACGAUAACCGAUAUUUCAAUAUUAUUGAAAUUUAGAUUUCCUUUUUGUUUGUUUUUUUAAUUUUUUAUUAUUAGAACUUUUCUUUUACUAUACAAUCACAUUAUACGCUUUCACAUACAGAAAGGGACUUCAUAGGAACAAGUAGUGCUGGUCGAUAUGACGAUACUAAGUUUACAUCGUGCCAUUUCUCUGCUAUCGUUUUUAUUUAUUUUAUUGCAGAACUUUUGUGAAAAAAUAAGUGUUUUCCCACUAAGAAACAUGAAACUGUUGUGCACUUUAAAUAAUGUCUCAUUUGUAACUAUUCCGUUUUGUUACUUGAAAAAUAGAAAAGUAAAUGACAUUUUUGUCAAUUUAUAUACGUUUCAUUAUUGUGAUAUAGAACAAUCUAUAUCAUAAUAUACAUUUUUUUCCCAUAUCGCCCAGCACUAGGAAUAAGUAACACUUCAAAACUUUGGAAAUAUAUCUGUGUACUUUCAGACUAUUUACUGACUAUUAGACAUAACUGUAAAAACAAGCUUCCCAGUUCCAAAGAUCUAUGAGGAAUAACAUCCAUGUCCAGAAUGAAGUGUAUCUGAAACUACAAUAUCGGACCAAUAAACUCAAAGAUCAGCCGAUAUUGGCAACAAUAUAUAUCACCCAUCCCUAAAAUGAAGCAUAAAUUGAUUGAAAUAUAGGGUUUUUUUUACUAAUUAGGACAAAAAUGAAAAAAAAAAAUCCUGAAUUUUGUCAUUUUUGUUCAAGGUUUGAUGCUGCUGCUCUCAUUAUGUGAUUCAUAAAUUUAGUGGCAUUUCGUUUAAGGUUCAUACUACUCGAAUGAAUUCCAGUUUCUGAAACAUCACAUAUCUCAGUUUUCCCUGUUUCCAAAUGAAAAAGUUUCAUUCUUUGUGCAUGGGUUAAGUUUUCCUGUUUGUACGUUGCAGUUUUGUCGGAAGUGACUUCUUUAUGUUUUUCCUCUUUUGUUUUGAGUUGUGGAGAUUUUUCUUCUUUUUUUUUUUUUUUUAGUUUUAUUUAUAUUCGACUGACAUUUUUGUACUGUGUUUGUUGUGAGCACAGUUGGGGUUAUUUAUGGUAAAUCCUAUGGAUUUGAAUCUUGAGUACGGGCUUUGCCGGUGAUGAUGAUGAUGCUGUUGUGUGUCAUAAAACCAGAACAGAUUCACCUUGAAUCUCUUUGUACUUUCAGUGAAAGAUUGAUCAACAUGUGCUGUGAAUUCUCAAGCAUUUAUUUAUAUUUAUCUUUUAAAAUGAUAUUUAAGCUAAUGGAUCUUGAGGUUAAAUGAGAAUAUUUGAGGUAAUUUAUGCAGAUGAUCUGUUUGUUUAUUUUAUGUCACUUUAUCAAAGAUGCUUCAAUCAAUUCUAAUGUUUCUUAUUCCAUCAGGACCGUUUGCUGGAACAUUAAUGAUGAUUUUUCUGUUUUUACAGGACAAAUCCACCUUAAGAAAGCACUGACUUUAUUAGGAUUUAUUUAAACCUUUUUUCAACGACUUUAUGUGGUUUAGCAUGUUUUUAUCAACAAGAUUUAUCGCCUUAAAGAUGAAAUAAUGCACAUUUCAACAUUUUAUUCAAUUUUAAAGAUAUAUGAAGUUUUAUAGCACAAAUUUGGACUGAUUAGCAUUAGCUAAGACAGUUAGCAAUUUUAUGACAUGAAUAAAAUACAAAGCAUUUGCUAUUUUUGGAUGUUUUUACCACAUUAACAGUAAUAUUUUCUCAUCUGAUGAGAAAACUUAUUUUUAUUUGAGUUGCUAAAAGCAUGCUGAACCAGCGUGUGGAGUUUUCAGGAGUGUUGCAGCAGCAUGGACUUUUCUUUUAACCUUUUUUUUUCCCCCAGCAGAGGUGUUCACCUGAUCGGUUGAUGAGCUGCCGCCUCCACCUUUUAACCCUUUUUUAUUUCAGCGCCGCCUCCAGCCAAACUUUUUCCUCCCUGAGCAGCUGCUGCUGCUCCCCUCUCCCGCCUCAGUGCUGUUCCAAUAAUCCGUUUCAUCACCUGUUCUUUUUCAUUUUUUUAUUUUUCGAUGCUGUUGAAUCCACUUCUGUAUCCAGCAGGGUGGCCUGCCUGGAUUACCGUUCUUUGUUAGCCCAGUGGAUGGAGGUUUCCAUCUGUGUGACGACAGCCGGGGGGUCAUUGAGCAGACGCUCUAAACCAAAAGCCGCUUUUACGGCUUUCUCUGCACCAAAGGUCAUCCCAGCUUCUUGACAUUGUUGGUCGAAUUUUUCAAAAAAAACAAAAGACUCUUCUUGAUGUCGAACUGUACGGGAAACCAAACGACUGAAACUCGCUGCCUUUUGAGAAAAGCUGUUGAUGAAUCGUCUUGUUUUCACCGCCGAUGUAUCGUUGAUGUUUUUCCUCUGUUGGAUUUUUCUGAAAUCGUUGUCAAAUGUCUACCGAUACUGUAAACCACUGUUGUUUCACGAUUGAAGCUGUGAAAUCUUGUGCGACUUUUCUCAAGAAACUGCUGGAAAAUAAACAUAAUGAACAUCAUAAA